GCUCGAUGUUUGCAUUGGGUUUCACGCUAUCUUCGCUUGAGGCGGAAGACGAGAUAGCUUCAUACUCUUGGCGAUUCAUCCUCGGUUUCAUCCCGGCGAUCUAACGAAACUUGGCAUAGCCCACGUAUCGCGUAUCCAGGAACCCGUUUCAGCGUUCUCAACUCACGCUUAGAACUACCCAUCGAGCUGUCGCCGGCGUCUACCAUGAAUGGCAAUGACAGCUCCGACCAGGAACCACAGCCUCAGCGUUUCGGUGUGGGCCAGCAUGUUUGACGUACGAGUACAUCUGUACGGAGCCCGCCGCUGCCUUUGGUUCCUCAGCUGCGCUCACUUUCGUUUUUAAUAUCCAAGUUUACGAUUGACCUGGCGUCACCGACUUACUAAUCGACAUGAUGGAGCCACAACACCACUACGCAGAUGUACGUUCGCAGGACCAUCACCAUGAUGACGACUCAUCGACGGAGGUUGAAUCUUUGGUUGGGGGAGAGAAGCAAUGGGCAGCAGGCGAAUAUCACAGCAGAGCACCAUCGUCAAGAAGAAGAAUAAUGUGCCCGCCGCUGGUGGCAGCGAUGCGAUGGAUAUUGGUGAUAGGGUUGCAGCUCGUGAUCAUCGGGUUGCUGGCCAGAGAUCAAGGCGUGCUCGACUCAACACGGUGGAAGGCACGUUCAACAAGCGCCAACGAUGUAGGUGGCGAUAUCACCGGAUGGUCCCCACACAUCCCAACGCAGAUCACCAAGUUCGAGAUAAAUCAGACAUUUGCACCCUACAACACAUCAGAGUUCUUCAAGCCCGAAGUACUUCGAGCAUGGAACGAACUCUUGCCUGUCGGCAUGGGCUUUCAGAGCAUUCCUGACCCAGAGAACUACCACGACCUUCCCACUCCCAUCGUCUGGCCCAACGCUACUGUCUUCACGACAUCCAUGACCCACCAGCUCCACUGCCUCUAUGCUGUCGUCGCAGUCUAUUCCGGUAUGACUUCGGGUCAUGAGCUUGAAGAAGACCAUCACUGGCACAUGAUCCACUGCUUUGACUACAUGCGCCAAGCUAUCAUGUGUAGCGCGGAUAUGGCUCUUGAAGGGCUGGAGACGACAUUUCCCGACCACAAUGGUGGCAGUGAUGGUUGGGACAGUAAGCAUGUCUGCAAGGAUCCGAAGAAGGUUAGAGAACGCCUAGAGAGUGUGAGGGCGUAUGACGACCAAGAGAUCUUCUAGAUAGAUCAUGCGU